CACUGGGCGUCCUCCUCCUAUUUGUGCUGAUCUGGAAGAAGACUUUGGACACGACCAGGACCGCAGUCUGAGGUCUCUAGAGGUGAGAAAUGGCCCCCAAAACAAAAAGAAGGUGCAUUGCUGACGCGCUGGAGGACCUGGAGCCAGAACACUUGGAGAAGUUCCGCCACCAGCUUUUGGACCGUAAGGGAGAGUCGCGCGUCAGGCGCGCCAUGGUGAAGGAUAAAAACUACAUGGACCUCGCAGAUGUUCUGGUUUCGACCUUCACCGAGGACGGUGCUGUUAAGGUGACUGAGGAGUUAUUGAAGGAGAUUGGCUGCCUUGGUGCUGCAAAGGACUUAGUUGAAGACGUGAGCGCACAAUCUGCAAAACCUGGUUCUGGUAGCACUGACGCUGACGUUAAAGACAUGAGUGCACAAUCUGCGAGUGCACAUUCGGGUUCCUGUGAUGGUGAUGGUGAUGAGCACUUUGUGGAUAAACAUCAGCUUGAGCUGAUCAACAGAGUGGGCAACGUUGCACCCAUUUUGGAUUACCUUCUCAUUAAAAAAGUCAUCCAACAAGAGAUGUAUGAUGAAAUCAGGAAGCUGCCUACCACUCAGAAGAUGAUGCGGGAGAUCUUCUCUCGUUGCCUUAAAGCUGGAAAAGCCUGCAAAGAUAUCUUCUAUGAAAGCCUUGAGAAAAACGAGCGCUUUCUCAUUGACGACCUCAAGAAUAAAAAAUAGGAAAUGUUGUGGUGAAAUCCAUAGAACAAGCAUUAGACCAAACACACAGUCUACCUGAACAGUCAGUGUUUUUUCUAUACCUUAAUUGAGGAACAUAAAUCCUAUGUAUCUAUGGGGUUUUAAAAAUCUGCAUGCAAUCAGAGCUAUUGACCUUAAUUUUACUCUAUAAUUAGUUUAGAUUUGUGAUGAAAUGAAUGACAUGUAAUGUUUUUAUUAAACAGGUCCCAAUUUGGAAGAGCCCGUUUUUAACAUUUUUUAUAAUUUUAUAUAAAUUUGUGUCAUUCAAAAUGUUUUCUCCUGAGAAAUUGACAAUAAAACCUUCUCAUUGCUG